AAAAUAUCGACCUGCUUCUUCGUUAGUACUCCUUCAGCUAAUUUCUCCGACUGCCAAUCGUUCUUUCCGGACCUCGUCGAUCAAAGCUAUAUCAUGUUGCAUAUAAAAACCCCCAAAUCAAUGAGAGCCAAGAGGGCACUUGAGAAACGUGCGCCAAAACUGGUGGAAUAUGGGAAAAAGACCCUCAUCUUGCAUGGGACAAAAACCAGCAAUGUUCUGAAUUCUGUAUUGACAGAAAUCUAUCAUCUUAAGAAGGAUAAUGCUGUGAAAUAUAGCCGGAGAAAUGAUAACAUCAGACCUUUUGAGAGUGGUGGUGAAACUUCACUUGAGUUUUACUCCCUCAAAACUGAUUGCAGCCUGUUUGUGUUCGGUUCACACUCAAAGAAGCGGCCUGACAAUCUUGUGAUAGGUCGGACAUAUGAUCACCACAUUUAUGACCUCGUGGAGGUUGGAGUUGAAAAUUUCAAAAGCAUGGCAUCAUAUUCUUAUGAUAAGAAAAUAGCUCCCUUGAUUGGAUCAAAACCUUUUUUUGCUUUUAUUGGAGAAGGAUUUGAGAAUGUUGAAGAGCUGAAACACCUUAAGGAGGUUUUGCUGGACUUGUUCAGAGGACAGGUUGUGAAAAAUCUAAAUCUUGCUGGGUUAGAUCGUGUGUUUGUUUGUACAGCCGUGUCUUCUAAGAAAGUGUUGUUCACGCACUGUGCUCUGAGGCUUAAAAAGUCUGGCACCAUUGUCCCGAGGAUGGAGUUGGUAGAGGUGGGCCCUUCAAUGGAUUUGGUAGUUAGAAGACAUCGUGUUCCUGAUGAAAGUCUAAAGAAAGAAGCUAUGAAAAUUGCUCCUGAGCUAAUAAAGAAGAAGGAGAAAAAUGUCAGCAAAGAUGCUAUUGUGGGGAAAAUCGGGAAGAUCUAUGUUCCCGAUCAAGAGGUUGGAAAUGCGUCGUUACCUUAUAAGCCAAAGGGAGUUAAAAGAGAGCGUCGUGAAGCUAAAGCUGCCAAAGGGGAAGAUAAUAGUAAUAAACAUGCAGAAAAGAAACUAAGGAAGCAGCAGGACGAUGAUGUGUCUGCUUGAUAAUCGUCUUUGGAUUUAUUCUUUUUGUGUCACCGUCAUCGUGUUUCAUUAUAAUCAGUUCAUAUUUUGGGCUUGCUUCGGCGUCGAUUUUGGUAUCAUGAAAUGGCAAAGACAGGUUCAUUCA